UCACAGUUCACACUACUUGUGAGCAUGAGCAGAGUAGCUGCAGCGUGCAUUUAUUUUGUUCGAGGCUCUUGCUGCUGAUAUUUAUUUUUUGUCUCGCUUAACGGUUCAAAAUACGAGAUUAUAUCUUGAUUAGCAGUGAUCUCUGUGCUCCAUAUUUGAUAAGUGAGUAAAUAAGACGGGCACUGCGAGUGUAAUGGUGGCAUCUAUCAGAAGACUAGUUUUUUGCAUCCUAUGAACCAUGUUGAUAUUACUGUCGGUCCUCUUGCUCCUUCCACCGCUUUCGCUGUCAGUUGACGAGCUGCAGAUAGUCACUGACCCACCGCGGCAAUUGGCGCCAGUGAGAGGAAAUAGCAUUGGAACACAGACCACGUAUAUCAUGCAGAAAAAAGUUGGAGAAGUUCUAAACCUGACUUGUCGUGUCGACCAGCCUCUCACCCGAUACAAAGUUUUUUGGCAUGUACCUCCAAUACCUCAGUAUCGAGAUCAUAGAGUUUUUCUAACGGAAGGUUAUAACAGCAAUAAGCUUAUAGUUGAGAAACUCCUUGAAUCCGACAAUGGAGAUUAUAUGUGUGAAGCUACGCCGUUUAAAAUGGACCAUGCAGAUGAGAAAUUGUCGGCAACUGUUAAGGUCAACAUGAAGACUGGCAAACCGUGUGGAUCUGGAUUGUUCCAAUGUCCCAAUGGUGAUUGCAUAUUUCAGAGAUACAUGUGUGAUGGGAGAGACGACUGCAAAUCAGGUGCAGAUGAACAUCCCAGCAAUUGUGGUGAAUUUCCUUGCGCAAAUAAAAUUCAUUGCAACAAUGGCAGGUGCAUUCCAUUUACAUGGUGUUGCGACAUAUACGUAGACAUGAACUGCACAGUUAAAGAGAAACCAUCAUGCUGCCAAUUCUCACACCACAGACGAUAUGAAGGUGAAGGAAUGAUGAAAACAACUGUCUAUGUUGUAGUAGGCCUUUUGUUGUUGCUUGUGAUCAUUGUGAUCACGCUUGGGGGGUUCAUUUGCAAGAUCCACUUGAAAAGGCAGUUGGUACUCAGCAAUCAAUACCAAGCAAACCAAAGUUCCUCCAGCGCCACCCGAACCCACCAGCACCACCACCACAUGCAGCCCCUGUACGAAAUGUGCAGGGAACUGCGUAAUCCUCCAAACGAGUUCCAGCCACCUACUGGCUUCCUGGUCACGUACAACAUCAACAAUGGCGUUCAGUUUGUCGGGCGUCCAGUUAGCCCUCCGCCUUACACAGAGGUGAUGAGCUCCCCGCCAAGAGAAGGCCCACCCCCGCCUUACAUAUCGCAAGAGAAUCUGGUCAGGAAUGCGCAGCAGGAGCAACAGCAUUCUGGCCAGAGUGACGAGACUGAAGUCACGACACCUCUGACGUCAACACCCACUGACUGAUUGCCUGUAGCUGUCGUCUUUCCUACACACCUGAGCUUGAAUACUGAAAUAUUCUUCUCUUUAUAUCAUAAUUUUUGCAGUACAAUGAUGUAGAAUUAGUUUUGCCAAGGUGGCCCAUGUAGGCACAAAAAGUCCAUGUUGAAAAUGAAAAACACAAAGCAGAAGGAUCAUUGGCCAACAUUUUUGCGGUCCAGUUAACAAUAAUUAUAUAUCUUGCCGCUUGGUGCGAGCGCGUCUAGAAUUUUUAGCAUGGACGUAAGUGCAGAGUUAAAUAAUUAUUGAAGAACAAAGUCUUCCGCAGCGCAACUCAAUUGCAAUCAUUUUAAAUCUCAUUUUUCUUAAAAGAGGUACUUCGUUGUUGCAAUCUUUUAAUUGUGAUUUAAACUUAAGGCGCAAUAUGAUGACAAUUAUUUUAAAAGCUAUUUGCGAGACAAAUAUUUAAGCUCUUUUGUUAUAUAGUGCACAAAUCAAGACACACAAGGUGCCAUUAAGUUUCAUUUUACUCAAGAUUUAUAUCAAAUAUAUAAACUAUCAAAGAUAAGUACUUAGUUAGUUUUCAGCUAUGUUAUCCAUAAUUUCAGAUGUUUAAGCAGUUUUUCGAGCUUAGAAGAACACUCAACUGAUUAAUUUUGUAGUUUUCCACUUGUAGACUGCACUAUAUAACGAUUAUUGUUGUUUGAUGAGGUGCCAUUGUAUUUAGUUUCCCCCCCCCCCCCCGAUUUGAAAUAAACAUAAUCCGGAUCAGAGGUAACCCAAGAAUCAGAAUGCUUGUCUGAAAUCAAAACUUGAUAAAUCAAUCACACCUACAUGUCAUGUCAUGCGCUCAAUCAAACCGCGGAAUUUUGCAUAUCUUCACAGCAUGCUGAUUUGAGGCAAAUCCUUGAUUAACACGAAUUUGUUAUUGA